CGAAGGAGCGUGCGCUACGUGACUUCCAGUCAACCCCAUCCCGAGCAUUCCCCGCAAACUGCCCUGAUGAGGACACCCUUCUAGCGCCUAUCAUAUGUCGCGCGGUAGGGAUUGAAUGCCUCCACGCCUACCUGUUGCACCUCCAAUCGAUCACUACUACCCGCCGCGCCCCUCUUACCUGCGCUCGCCGCAAACGUCCACGUACCCUCCCGGCGCAACAUGGACUUCCAGUCGCCCCAGCAGAACGGCAUGUACGACCCGUCGAGUUUCAUUGACCCGAACGCGCUCGCAAAUCCCCAGAUGAACGGCGCGCGCGGCUUCCCGCAGGGCAUCAAGCGGAAUUCCGAGGGCAUGCCCGCCAUGUCGCGCUCCCAGACCCCGUCGCAACCGCAGUUCGGCCUGCAGCAGCAGCAGGGCUUCACCCACACGCCUUCGCCGACCAUGUCGAAUCAGAACUUCAUGCCGGGACAGAUGGGGCAGAUGGGCCAGCAGAGGAUGCAGACGUCGUCGCCCGCGCAAAACCCCAACGGGCCGCAGAUGUCGCCCAUGAACUUCCAGGCCAACGCGAUGAACCAAGGCUUCAACUCGAACGCCAGCGGCCAGUUCCCUGUGCAGCAAGUGCAGCUGUCGCAGAACCUGCAGGAGCGACAGCUGCAAGCCCAGAGACAGUACGCGAUGCGCUUGCAGCAACAGGCGCAUCAGCAACAAGCGGUGCAACAACAACAACAACAGAUGGGCGGACCAAUGGGCGGGUCCAUGGGGAACCUGGCCGCCGCGAACAUGGCUGCGCAACAGCGACACCAAUCCGGACAAAUGCCUGGCGGUAUGCAGCAUCCCGGCAUGCGCCCGAAUCCCAUGCAGGCGCAGGCUCAGGCGCAAGCACAGGCUCAGGCGCAGGCACAAGCACAGGCGCAGGCGCAGCAGAACCCUCAGCUCGCGCUACAGCACUUCACGAAGAACGUUGGUGCGCUGAUGCAGCAACAAGGGCGAAGCUUCAACCCCAGCCCGACCGUCGCCGGCCGUGUGAUCAACCUGCAGAAUCUAUACAAGAUCGUCAUGCAGUAUAGAGGUUACCGCUACGUGACACAGUCUCAAGGCUGGCCGCGAGUCGCGCAGAUGAUGUCGAUACCGCCGCAGCAGUUCCCCACCGCCCCGGAAGAGCUUCGCAUAACCUACGAACAAAACCUGAUGCUUUACGAGCAAGCAUACAUCCAGAGACAGAGCCAGCUGAAGGGAGGCAUGCCUGCACAGGGCCAGAUGGGUGGUGCAAUGGGCUCACAGAUGUCUCCAACAAGACCUGCAAUGCCAGGCACACCACAGAACGCCGCACAGCAAGAAUAUCUCCAGCAAUUACAAAGGACAAAAGAAGCUAUGCAGCAACAGCAACAGCAGAGGCAGUCGAUGCCGCCGACCCCACAGCAACCCCAGUUCGGUGCCCCACCCACGCCGCAACAGUCGACUCCGCUCCAAAACAACGCGUCUCUCCCAGAUCUCAACGGACGAAGCACACCACAAGCAGAUAACAAUGCGCGCAAGAGUAUGAGCAGGCAGAUAGAAGGGACACCUGUCCAGAGCCAGGAGCCGGCGAAUGCCAUGGCGACACCAGACAAGCCUGAGCCUGCAGCUGCCUCCGCGCCUGCAGAAGUAGAGGUUGUUGAGAAACGGCAGCCAGUGAUCGAGCAGGACGACGGCACACGGGUCUACCAGCCAGCAUACCGUACGCAAGAUACCUGGGGCGGUUUGGACUUCGACUCGGACAACUUCAAGAACAUGAUUGAGAUGAUCGUCAACUACAAGCCAAACGUUCCGUUGUUACAUGAAGCAGGAAUCAUCGACAUCAGAGCUUUGACCAUGAGUCUGCGAUCUGGCUUACACGCAGAAACAAGACUUGCGCUAGACACCCUUGCGAAAAUCACGUACGACAACAACGUGCAAUUGGAUCUUGGGCAGUGCGAGGAUUUGGUUGAUGUGUUGGUUGAUUUUGCAGAAGAGCAGCUGGAUGUACUGGGGAAUGACAAUCCCGAGGUCACCGACAUCCUGGAUCUUACACCGUACGAGGACGUAUUGCACCACUGCCGCGCGGAAGCUGCGACACUACAGGAACUACCUGAAGUCGGAACAAAAGAGUACACCCUGGACCGGACGGCAGACCGUUUGCUGGCCAUUACGACCAUAUUCCGCAACCUAUCGUUCCUAGAAGUCAAUCAUGCCUCACUCGUCAGCCCGACAGUAUUGAAGUUCCUGUCCAACUUCAUACGGUUGGUCGGUACUCGUGUCCUUCUCCUUCGAUCUCAUAUUAAUACUUUCGACUUCAUGAAAGACCUCAUCACUCUCUUCUCCAACACGAGUGCGAAGAUUAUCUUACCUUCUCGCGAGGAUGCUUACGCCAUUUUGCACUUCCUCUGCGCCUUUGCUCCCGUACCGCGUCCUGGCAGCCCAGUAAAGUUUACUUCUUUCAACCCGCAAAUUCACCGCUACCUCCCCUCUGCGGUCGACAGUCUGGCCAAGCUACUCGCGCGCGAUGAUCCCAAUCGGACGUACUAUAAACAGAUCUUUGUGAAUGAGGCAACUUCAAGCCCGGCUUACGAUCUGCUAACACGAGCAUUCGCACUGGCCAUCUCUGUUGUCCCUGAUCGCAACUACAUCGAGAACAAGAUGUAUCAGAUGAAGGAAUCGCGUCCAAAGGAGGUCCGCAUGUUCGAAGCACGCAUCGCAGAAUCGCGUAAAGCGUACUUGAUGCAAGGUAUGCUCGCAGCCGACAUACUCGCCAGCUUGGCGCCUGGAGCUGAAAACAACAUCUGCCGCUCCUGGCUUGAGUCAGAGGAUGGCUGGGCGAAUAGCCUACUCAAGUUUGCGAUGUCACUCUCCGCCACUGAUGCCGCUAUUCAACCUCCACCAAUGCCGCCCAACCACCGCGGCCAAAGGCCGAUGGAGCCCGAUCGCGAAGGAUUCCAGCUCAUCGUACACCGCGCUUUAUCAACACUGAAGCGGUUGGGCGACAAGUCAAAGGGCGGCGACGCACUGGUCAAGAGCGCACUGACGAACGGCACACUGAGCCAUGAUGAAGAGGAUGACGAGGAGGAUUAUGACAUGGAAAUUUUCAAUCUCAAUGGCACAGCGUGGAAAGUCAAAGCAGAUUUUCUCCCACGCCGGGAGACGAUGCUUGGCGCUCUGCUCACGUCCAACCUCGACGUUAGGAGUUUGAAUCAAUUUUGUAAGAUUGGGUAUCUGGACGAGUAAAUGGUGUUCAGGCGAGGUACAACGGCGAAAAUAAGGAGCGUUGUGUAUAGCGAAGCAGCUUGCAUUGGAGGGAUCUUUGGCACUCUUGCAUUACGAUUGAGCAAGCUUUAGCUUGGUCUUUUAGACGUCGAAACUGCAUUGGCACGAACGAACGGUUUCUUUGUGAAAUGUUAAUUCUGUACAAUUGAAAAUCAUUUGCUGCCAGUGGCACGCUUCGUCCGAGUUGCCAUCUGUUAGAGA